GAGCUCCCCGCGGCAGCAAUGGAGACCCUCCUCUCCCCCUCCACAUUGUUCACGCUACCACUCCGUGGCUCCAGCAGGAGACCGUCUCUGGCUGCUAGCGUCUCGUCCAGGCCCACCGUGUCCUGCUCCAGCGCGCUCAAGAGGCCACAGGCCGGCGCCGUCGCUGCCUCCUCCCAUGGAGACGGCGUCGGCAGGAACUGGAUGUCGUUCCUGCACCACGGCCUGGCGGCGGCCGCGCUGUCGCUGGCCAUCGGCCUGACCCCGGCGCCCGCGCCGGCGGUGGCGUCGGAGUUCGACGUGCUGAACGACGGGGCCCCCGUGGACUCCUACGUGGUGGACGACGCCGGCGUGCUGAGCCGCGUCACCAAGUCCGACGUCAAGCGGCUUGCCCGCGACCUCGAGGCCCGCAAGAACAUCCGCCUCAACUUCAUCACCGUCCGCAAGCUCACGAGCAAGGCUGACGCGUUCGAGUACGCGGACCAAGUCCUGGAGAAGUGGUACCCCACGAUUGAGGAGGGCAACAACAAGGGCAUCGUGGUGCUCGUCACAAGCCAGAAGGAGGGCGCCGUCACCGGGGGGCCCGCCUUCAUCCAGGCCGUCGGCGACCAGAUUCUCGACGCCACCGUGUCUGAGAACCUCCCAGUCCUCGCGACCGACGAGAAGUACAACGAGGCGAUCUUGAGCACGGCGAAGCGGCUGGCGGCGGCGAUCGACGGGCUGCCGGACACUGGUGGCCCGUCGUUCAAGGAGAACAAGCGGGAGUCCAACUUCAAGACCAAGGAGGAGACGGAGGAGAAGCGCGGGCAGUUCACGCUCGUCGUCGGCGGCCUGCUCGUCAUCGCCGUCGUCGUGCCCAUGGCGCAGUACUACGCCUACGUGUCCAAGAAGUGAGCGAACCAUGAAUAUGGCGUGCUGUGUACAGUAAAUCAGUAAUGUUAUACCGAAGAGGGUUUUUUUUUUAAUCUCCCAGGUUGAAGUUCUUCGAUCUGUUGGAAUUCAUAGAAAUGGACGGAAAAAA